UUGAGCGAACCCGCCAUAUUUUUCCUAAACAGACAAUCAUACGAUUUUGACAUUUCUUAUCGUUUCUCAUUAAAGUAGAGCAAUUCUUUUGCAGUUUCUCAGACUUAUCUCUGAUUAAGUGAAAUGGCAUCGGCUUUAGAAUCUAUGGUAGUCGACGAGAAACAGCUCCCUGAGAAGCCGGUAGACAGAGAAAAGACAUGUCCGCUUCUACUGCGAGUAUUCUGCAACACCGGACGUCAUCAUAACAUAAUGGAGUAUAGUAGAGGGAAUGUGCCUUCAAAUGAACUGCAGAUAUAUACAUGGAUGGAUGCAACUUUGCGAGAAAUUACAGGCUUGGUUAAGGAAGUAAACCCGGACGCUCGCAGCAAGGGAACAUACUUUGAUUUUUCAUUAGUAACUCCUGAGUUACGCAAUUCUGGUUAUCGCAUGCGUGAGAUUGGUGUUACAUGUUCUGGACAGAAAGGUGCAGACGAUAACAAAACUCUAGCCCAGGCAAGAUUCACAAUAGGAGAUUAUCUUGAUAUAUCAAUAACGCCACCCAAUAGAAUGAUGCAACCAGCAGUUAGACGUGGUGGUUUACGUCAAUAUUAA